CCUCUGGGAGGAAAGCAGCUCAAACCCACCCUCCUCCUCCUCCUCUGACUUGACUUGAUGUUCCAUCUGCAAGGUGUAUUAACCUGACUGACAAGCCAAAUGGAGUCUCUCCUGGUUUACCUGAUAGUUCUCGGGGUCGCUGUCAAAGCCCACAAAGUUCAAGUCUGCCCCAAACGCUGCGUCUGCCAGAUGCUCAACCCCAACCUGGCGACUUUGUGCGACAAGAAGGGGCUGCUGUUUGUGCCCCCGAACAUCGAUAGGCACACGGUGGAGAUGCGUCUCGGGGAUAACUUUGUAACCAGCAUCAAACGCAAGGACUUUGCUAACAUGACCAGGCUGGUAGACCUGACCCUCUCUCGGAACACUAUUGGCACCAUUGCGCCUCAUGCCUUCAAAGACCUAGAGAACCUACGAGCUCUUCACCUCGACAGCAACCGGCUAGCCCGCAUCACCAACGACACCUUCAGUGGCAUGUCCAAGCUGCACCACCUCAUCCUGAACAACAACCAACUCACACACAUCCAUAUCGGGGCCUUCAAUGACCUCACGGCACUGGAGGAGCUGGACCUAUCUUACAACAACUUGGAAAGCGCACCAUGGGUGGCAAUCCAGAGGAUGCCCAGUCUUCACACCCUCAAUUUAGACCACAACAUGCUCAGCUACAUCCCAGAAGGAACCUUCUCUGGGCUGCAGAAGCUCAAACGGCUGGAUGUGACCUCCAACAAGCUCCAGAAGCUUCCUCCUGACCCCGUUUUCCAAAGAGCAGGGGUCCUGGCAAACUCUGGGAUAAUGGGGCCUUUGUCUUUCGCCUUGAGCUUUGGAGGGAAUCCUCUGAGAUGUAACUGUGAGCUGCUCUGGCUUCGGAGAUUGCGGAGGGAGGAUGAUCUGGAGACCUGCGCUUCACCGCAACACCUUGCUGGACGCUACUUCUGGACCGUCUCAGAGGAAGAGUUCCUGUGUGAGCCCCCUCUCAUCACCAGGCACUCUCAGGAGCUGCGAGCUUUGGAGGGUCAGAGCGUGACUCUGCGCUGCAAGGCCAGGGGCGACCCCGAUCCCAUCAUCCACUGGAUCGCCCCUGAUGGCCGCCUUAUGUCCAACUCCUCCAGGGCCACGGUCCACACAGACGGCACGUUGGACAUCCUCAUCAGCACCGUGAAGGACUCUGGCUCCUUCACCUGCGUGGCCUCCAACCCAGCCGGCGAGGCCCAGCAGAUCGUGGACCUGGUCAUCGCUAAACUCCCUCACAUCACCAACAGUACAAUCGCAGAGCAGGAGCCCGACCCCGGAUCAUCAGAUAUCGCCACGGUGACCAAGACAGGCGCUGGAGACGCCGGAGGAGGGGUUCCCCUGGGGAACACGAAGACGAGCCCGGAGAAGAAAGUGGUAAUUGCAGAGGCCACGUCCACCUCGGCCCUGGUCAAGUUUAACUUCCAGAGGAGUAUCCCUGGAAUUCGCAUGUUCCAGAUCCAAUAUAACGGGUCAUACGACGAUUCGCUGGUGUACAGAAUGAUUCCUCCGACCAGUAAAGACAUCCUGGUAAACAACCUGGCGGCUGGAACCCAAUACGACCUGUGCGUGCUGGCAAUCUAUGACGACCAGGUGACCUCACUGACUGCCACCAGGGUGAUCGGCUGCAUUCACUUCACCACCGAGCCGCAGUACCUGAGAUGCCAUUUCAUGCAGUCCCAGUUUCUCGGCGGCACCAUUGUGGUUAUUAUCGGAGGGAUUAUUGUGGCCUCAGUUCUGGCUUUUAUUAUCUUCCUCAUUGUGCGCUACCGGGUGUGUAACCAAGGAGAUGCAGAUAAGGCUCUGGAGAUGGGGGAUAUUCGGUCACUGAGCAGUGAUGGACAGCUACAGGGCUGUGGGAUCCCCAAGUCCCUCUCCAAGCAAGUUCUACGUCCGGAAAAGAAUGACAAGGAGUGCCUCAGAGUGUCCUUGCCUCCACCAGAGCCAGACAAGCAACGACCGCCAGCUGUAGCCUCUACCAAACCUACUGUCCCUGACUGCACUGUCUCUUCCUCCGCUGCCAGCCACAGCUGGCACCCGGCCUCCCCAGGUGCCCCGAGGCCCAAACGUUCCUUUGCCCCACCAAAACCCUCAGAGGCUCACCGGUCUGAAGCUCAGGCAGAUGUUGAGCUUGAGAACAUGAACCGCAAUAACUCAUCGGAGGUUAAAAUGGCACCCAGCGUCGCUCUGGCUAUUCCCGGCCAGCCCACCAACUGGACCGCCAUCCCCAUGGUUCCGCGGCCACACCAGCCCCCCCGACAGCAUUACAUGACUGUACCUGCAGGGGCGGUGAGGGUGAACCGCAGGCAUUCCCUCAACACGGACUCGUACAGGGAGCACUGCUAUGUAGCCUACCCCAAAACCGGGGCCAGCCUGCGCUCCAAACGCAGCCUGUCGAUGAGCGUGGAGCUUCCGCAGCUCGAGAGCACAACAAACAUUCACAGGGCCAGGGACAAGCUCUCCAGGUCUGAGUGGCUUCUGGAGAGCACUUUAUGAUUUGGAGUUUAUAACCUGUGACUUCUUGUUUUUUUUGGAUCGGAUUUGUGGCCCGUCGAGGAACAGACAGGGAUUUAAUGCCUUGUUUUGAGCUUUGCGCUCUCUACUGAGGGACCUGUAAGCUUCUCUCAUAUAUCUGAGGGCAAGGCAGGCACACAGGGUCGUGGGAAACAUUUCACGUUUGUUUUCUACCUUAUAACCUAUCAAAGUCUUCUUUAUAACGACACUUGAUCGAACUCUGACAAAAGGCACAACAAUGUAUAAAACAAUGUCAUGUAAAAAAAUUUUUAGUUGUGUGAGAUACUGUAUAUCUCAUUACAACCAUAAGUGUUCAUAUGGUAUUGAAUGCAGUAACCUCGACACUGUAUUAUAACAAAGCAGGAAACAUGCAGAGGGUGGGGUUAGUAUACUCACAGUCUCAUUGCCUGUUACUUAAAAUGAUACAAUCUCUGAACAUGAUUCUUGUCUCCAGCUCUACAGAAACAUGAUGACAUGUGACUUAAUUAACUUGCCGGUGGUUUGGAGAGAUUACGAAUGUGCUUUACAUCCCAGAGGUGUUGGAACAGAAUGUAGUAGACAGACAGAAAGACAGCGCUCCAUCUCCACCUCACCAUCACUCCCAGACACAGCACAAUGCAGCAUAUUUGUGGCACAAGUCGACUCAGCCUAAUACUGCCCUCCGGUUUGAAUCGAUACAUUCUUAUCACAUAAUUACAUAAAGACUCUACUGCGAUAGGAUUCCUGUCACGACCGAUUUGAGCAACAAUUGCACCAACAUGGACGACGUGACAGGUGCAGCGAGGUAAUCUUCUAUGACAAGAGAACUCCAUCCAGGGGCGUGGUUCAUUUCCAUAUUUUUUACUUACAGACGGUGACAACCAUUGUAAAUUAUCUUGUUGAUGUAAGAGAAACGAUAAUCAUACGUAUGGAAGGACGCCAGCUCUUGAUUUUGCUGUUGUUUCUGUUUGAUGUUUACCAGUAUAAAUAAACCAGUGA